GGGUCAUUUCAGUCCAGCUGACAGUCGUUUUCAGGUCAGUCUACCUGCAGCUUGUCAACAAUGGCGGGACGUCUACUUCUCCGAGCCUGUACUACAACAGCGCGGCUGAGGAGCAAUGUGGUGGCUAGACCGUUACACCGAGCUAUGGCCACAGCUAAAGGAAUACCAACAGAUGAAGAGCAGGCGACUGGACUAGAGCGACGUGCUCUGCAGGCCCUUAAACAGGGAAAGGAUCCCUACAGUAUGCUAAAGCCCAAGGAGUAUGCUGGCACAAUGGAGGAGCCUCACAUUGUGCCAUCCAUUGGAAGCAAGAGAAUGGUGGGCUGUCUUUGUGAGGAAGACAACACAGCUAUUGUGUGGUUCUGGCUCCACGAGGGAGAUGCCCAACGCUGUCCUUCCUGCGGUUCCCACUAUAAACUGGUCCACCAUGAGCUGCCCCAUUGAAACUAAAUUUAACACAAGCGCUGUACAAACAGGACAAUCCAGACAUCCAUAUCUGCCUCCUUCAUGGCCACAUACUGUAAUGUGUGCAUAUGAUUUAUCAUUAAAAUGUAAACUUUAACUAAA